AUGUCGCCCAGCGCGCUCAAGAAGCCGCUCCUCAAGCUUAACCGCUUAAUCGGCCAUGCCUCGGCCAAGAACCACAUGUCCAAGCCGACGAUUGGCAACAUUGCCGCGCUCGACGAGGAAAAGCACAGCCGCAAGAUACAAAAGAUCCAGGCCCAGCAGGAAAAGGUGAUUCAGCGCGAGGAGGAGAAGCGGUCUCUUCAGAUCAAACGCCACCAGGACGAGGAGCAGGCGCACGCCGUCGACCCGCCCGAGAUUGCCCAGCGCUACGGCACCGACCGCAACCACGUCGUGAGCCUUCCCAAGCACCAAGUGCCCUUUGCCCGGCUAAAAACGGAGGGUCCCGCCAUUGGCACCACCAUUGGCUUCACGGCGCGCGUGCACCACGUGCGGUCCAUGGGGCCCCGGCUGGCGUUUGUCGUGCUCCGCCAGGGGAUCGACACGCACCUCAUCUCCGAGGGCAUCGUGCACGUCACCGGCACCAUCAAGAGCCCCAAGGAGCCCGUGGCGGCGUGCACAAUUCAAAACAUCGAGAUCCUCAUCGAGAGCAUGCACCUCGCCGUACCCGUGCGGGAGUCGCUGCCCAUUGACGUGUACUCGAUUGACCGCGUCGAGACGAACCCGGAGACCAACGAGAUCGAGUACCUCGCCUCGGACCGCGUGCGCACCUCGAACCGCCUCAGCUUCCUGCGCACCCCGACGGCGCAGUGCAUCUUCCGCCUCAACUCGACGAUAUGCAGCGCCUUCCGCAACACGCUCGAGGGCCAGGGCUUCAUCGAGAUCCACACCCCAAGCUGCAGCCCGCCGCCACGGAAUCCGGCGCCGAGCCCGCAGCUGUCCAAGCAGCUGUGCGUCUCGGCCGAUUUUGGCCGCGUCUUUGAAAUCGGCCCCGUCUUCCGCGCCGAGGACAGCAACACGCACCGGCACUUGAGCGAGUACACGGGCUUGGACCUGGAGAUGGAGAUUCUCGACACGUACUACGACGCUCUCGACGUCAUCGAUGACCUGCUCAAGAGCAUCUUUGCGCGCAUUUACCGCGACCACCGCAAGGAGCUCGACAUCAUCAAGACGCACUUCCCCCACGAAGACCUCGUGUGGCUGGAGCAGACGCCGCGCAUCCGGUUCAAGGACGCCGUCGCCUUGCUCAACCAGUCUGGGUGGAAGGAUGACUUUGGCAACCCGGCCUCGGACAAGGAGGACCUGAGCACCCCGGCUGAGAGACGCAUCGGACAACUGAUCAAGGAGAAAUAUGGCACCGACUUUUACAUUAUUGACAAAUUCCCGGCCUCGGCGCGACCCUUUACACGCACCUGGACCCCGAGGAUAAGGAUUACACCAACUCCGGGUGCUCUUCCUCCUCCUGAACCUCGGCGACAUCCGCAACGCUUCCCUCUUCCCCGGGACCCCAAGUCCCUGCAGCCGCACGAGAGGGACUGGCAGGUCCUCCCUCACCCCGACGCCGACACCAUUCGCUACGGCGCCAACUACGCGCGCGACCCUACCUCCGUGUCGAUGCCGACGGUGGAGAACCUCAUCUCCAAUUACGGCGACGCGACCAACACGUCAUGGCUCGACGACCGGUACGACGUCUGGCGGCACGAAGAGUCGGGCGCAGCCAUCGGGUACGCCGCCGUCAACGGUUACGCGCUCAUCAUGGGCGAUCCGCUGUGCGACCAGCGGCAGUUCCCGCUCGUGGUGCGCAAGUUCCUCAAGGACCUGCGCAAGGUGCACGAUCUCCGCCCCAUCUGGCUGCUCGUGUCCCCGGCCAUCGAGGAGAUCCUCGGCGGCAUCCUCGGCUGGCGCACGUUUAGCUGCGUGGCCGAGGACCGCCUCGAGGUGGACAACAUGAAAAAGGUGGCCAAGAAGGAGCGCCAGGCCGAGGAGGCGGGCGUGCGCAUCUUCGAGACCAACCUCGGCGAGCCCGUACCCGAGGACCUGCGGGAAAAAGUGGACAAGCGCGUGGAGGAGUGGAAGGCCAACCGCACAGGCAAGCAGGUGCACAUCACCGAGGUGAAGCCGUGGCAGGACGUCGACCACCGCAAGUACGUGUGGGCCGAGGACAAGGAGGGCAACGUGGUGGCGCUGGUGAUUCUGCAUCGCCUGGCCAAGAUGGGCGUCAAGUGCGUCACGUUUGGCGCGGGCGCGACCAAGGAUAUCGAAAUCGGCACCAACUUCAACGGGCUGCGCGCCAAGAUCCUCUCGCGCACCUACCGCACGAUUGCGCAGCAGCUCAAGCUUGCGGGCAAGGGCGAGUUCCGGGAAAAGUUUGGCACCGAGGACGACCCCGUGUACAUUUGCUACCCCUUUAUGGGACUAGGUGUGUCUGGGGCCAGGACGUUGAUCAAGUUCUUUGAGGAUGAGAUGUAG